AAAAACAGAACAGAACAAAGGGUUUGAUUUUAGGAGCAAAACCCAACGUUUUUCUUCCACAGCUUUCCCCAAAAAAGAAAAGGACUUUGUUGUCUCCCUCAAGUACAAGACACAGAGAGAGAGAGAGAGAGAGAGAGAGAGAGAGAGGGCAUGAAGUUUGCAGUGAAAGCAUGGAGCAAUGGAAGUGCAAGGGCAGGGGUUGUCCAGUUGGGCAACUUUCCACACCCAAUAGAGACACCUUGUCUUCUUCUUUCCACACGUAAAGGGCUGCCCUUUUUCAUCUCCCCUGACCUCCUUCCCUCUCUUCCUUCCCCUGACUCUCACCUCCUCCAAGUUUGCCCACUUCACUUCUUGGAAGGCCUUUCACCAAAAACAAUAUCAAAUAGUGGAGGACUUCAUCAAAUGCUUGGUCUGCAUGAUUAUGGACUUGCAGCUGUAUCAAGAGAUUCUAUUCAAUGCCUUCCAGAAUAUAACAGCACGAACAAAGUUGGAGCGUCGUUCGAGACUCCUUGCGGGCGUCUUUUGAUCAAACCUGUAGAAUACAUGGAAUUGAUUUCUUCCAUGAGGCCGAACAUAUGGGCCACUUUAGCUGAUGAAGUGCCUACAUGGGUAUCCGACAAGAGAAACAGGACAUCAGUGGAUAGAACUGUGAGAUGGCUUGAUGACUGCAUUGCAUUAAGUCCAGCAGGCGGAGCUGUAUUUGGAGCCAUUGUUGGAGGUUCUAAUGUAGAAGAACGCCGCCGAUGUGCACAAGAGGUAGCCAAGCGAAAUGUAUCAGGUUACUGGAUUGGAGGCUUUGGGCUAGGAGAGAGCAGGGAUGAGCGCCCUGCUCUCCUUAAUACUAUUACUGAUAUUUUACCAGAGGAAAAGCCGCGCCUGAUAUGUGGGCUUGGACUUCCAGAGGAGGUCUUGCAGGGGGUUGCUUCAGGCAUUGACCUUUUUGAUUCAGUGUAUAUAUAUCACCUUACCCUUGGAGGCUUUGCACUUACCUUUCCGUUGAAUGGAGUUGAUGAAAAUGAAUCUAAUUUUCAGCUGAGUGAUAUUGGAAGUGACCGGACAAAGAUUAAUUUAAGGGCAACUGUUUAUAGGAAAGAUACUUCACCAAUCGUUGAAGGAUGUUGCUGCUAUACAUGCCAGAACCAUACUAAAGCAUACAUUAAUCACCUGAUCAAUGUUCACGAAAUGCUGGCUCAGACACUAAUAGAAAUACACAACACACACCAUUAUCUGGGAUUCUUCCGUGCAAUAAGAGAAGCAAUUAAGACAGGAAACUUUGAGCAAUUUCACCGACAGUUUAUUGAGGGAAGGCGUAAUUGUGUUGCGGUGGCGGCUGUGCAUGCAUGAGUAUUUUUUUGUUAAAAGGUAAAUAGGAGGGAUCAAAUCCCAGAUAUUAACCCAUGAAGGGCAACGAGGCAAGUCAAUAGGCCAGACAGCCAUCGGCAAUCAUGCAUUAGUUCUAGUACAAUAUAGUUAUCUUUGAAGAUGGUUCCUUUUUAUGAGUGUAAUAGUUCAACUAAAUUAUGUAAUGGCUUGGAAAAGAAAAGAUAUGUACUGUUUAUCAAUCUGAUAACCCCUUGACAUUUGGUUGA